AGGAAAGCAAAACUCAGCGGCGGGGCGGGGACAGCGGUUGGUUGAAAAGGAUGAGCGGGGAGGACGCUCGGCAGGCUGAUCGCGAAGGAGGGAGCCGAGGCGACCUGGAGGGAUCCGAUGCCCGCGAAAAAAGAAAGCAUUCAGUCAUCUGGGGAAAGUUGUAGAUCAGAGGUGGAGAACGAUUCACAAUUUGUGGACUUCAACUCCAGAAUUCCUGAGCCAGCCAUUGUUCUCCAUCCCUAUUGUAAAACAUUGCAAACCUUCAUGGGUCAGAAAUCUGGGCAUCCCAAGGAAAAAAGGUCUCCCAAGCUGUAUGGUUAUCAGAUUUUAGUAUCAGAAGAAGAAGAAGAAAGCAACGAGAAAGAAAAUAACAAGGAGUUGGAAAAGUUUAGCAAGCAGUUGGAUGAAAUCCUUGGAAUGGCAGACUCAAGAAAUGGUGCUGUUGGCUUAUACAACAUUGGAUUGAGUUGCUGCCUCAACUCCUUGCUUCAGAGCUUCUUAAUGAACAGAUACUUCACUUCGAUACUCCGGAGGAUCAAUGUACCACAUGGAAGAGCAGAACAGAAUGCCAGCGUCCCUUAUCAAAUGCUUCUGCUGUUGGAAAGCAUGCAGCGGGCCAAGGGGAAGCCUGUGCGCCCUUUCGACCUUAUCUGCUGCCUUUCUGGUCAUGGUGUGAGAUUGUUCGUUCUCCACGAUGCUUCAGAAGUCUAUUACAAAAUUUGGAACCUACUUAAAAGCCAAAUCACAGACACAGACCUGGUUGAAAGAUUGACUCAUCUGUAUAUCAUCCGUUUGCAAGAAUUCCUGGUGUGCCAGAAAUGUUCCCAUGAAAUAAAGAUAGACAGUAAUCAGCUAAUGCUUCAUCUUCCAAUGUUUGAUUUUGAUUCUCAUCCGAUUACUAACUUGGAAAAUUCACUCCGCUGCUUUUUCAGACCAGAGCAAUUAACUAAAGAAAAUAUGUGCCACUGUGAGAAGUGUAACAAGGAAACAUCCUGUACGCGGAGGAAGAAAAUAAUGUAUUUGCCACGCAUGUUGACCCUGCAUCUCGUUCGUUUCCGUUCCCAAGGCGGCAAGAGAACUAAGAAAGUCACGCAUCGCUUGGCUUUUCCAUCAGAGCUAGAUUUCAGCCAGAUCUUGCCCCCGGAACAGUACCAACCAGAUUCUAAAAAGAAGAAUGAUGGGUUGUAUGAUCUCUUUGCGGUGAUUGCCCACUCGGGACCAGCUGACUUUGGUCAUUACUGUGCCUAUAUCUGGAGUCUCACCGAAAACAAGUGGUAUUGCUUCAACGAUUCCAGUGUUUGUAAGGUAUCCUGGGAUGAUAUCAGAUGCACUUACGGAAGGCAGUCUCUCUGUUGGGGUGAAACUGCCUACCUUCUGGUUUACAUGAGAAGAAAUAGCACAUCGCUCUGAAGAUGAGAAGGCAUUUGGACUGGGACUUAUUUCUACCUUUCCCUUUUAAAAGACAAUUUGAAACAAGAUGAAGAAAGCAUUCAAGGUUGGAGAAAAAGUUGAUAUCGAGAAAAUGUUUUGCUGAAACAAGAAGAGACUAUCUACAGUUGCUUCAUCUUGGUCACAAAAUGCCAACAAAUGACAUUUGACUGAAAGGAUAUCCAGGUAUACUUGAUGUCUUGGCUUUUCUUCCUGCUAAUGCAAAGGAGACAUCAUUUCUUAAGCAAGCUGGGCUAAGAAAUCUAGAACCACAUUAUUUCUAAUGGAGUAACAGCAGAGGGCAGCCUAAGAAUUAGGCAGAGAAAUUACACACAAACACACACCUACACCUACACCUAUUUAGUGUAAAAGAGCUUUAGAAAUGUAUUGCAUGGGACAAUAGAAUUUUGACUAAAUUUUCUUGGGUAGAAUGGGGUGUUCUUGCACGUAUCCAAUAUCAGAUGAUGUCAUUUUCUUUCUAUGUAUUAAAUUUAUUUAUAUCCCA